AUUAUUAUAUUGAUUAUGGAUUAUGAAUCACUCAUCAAAAGAGUUGACCAGAAAUCAGCUUCGAUCCUGGGCACUGCUGUUGCUAGUGUAGUAACUCUAUGGUACCUAAAAAGAACCAUUCAGCGAUCAAAAGAGUACAAGACAGGAGGAUCAAAGGAUAUACCUACACCAAAAGGACAAUACUUUUAUCUUGGCCACUUUCCGUAUCUUGCUCCUAAUCCUGGACACAAGAUGGCAGAAUGGCAUCAGGAGCUAGGGCCAAUUUAUCAUAUCAAGUUAGGAGCACAAGAUUGGGUGUCAAUUGGUGAUGUAGAGGCAGCCAAUGAAAUAUUCGUGACCAAAGGAAGAGUCACCUCCGGUAGACCCUUCCAUACUUUUGGCAGCGAUGUUCAUGGGGAGGGAGGAAGAGGUGUUGUCUUUGCUGACUAUGGUAAAUCCUGGAAAAGCGCAAGAACGGCUAUUCUCAAUAUCCUCUCGCCAAAAUCUGUCGACAGCCUUAAUGACACACUCCAGAAAGAAAGUGAAUUCGUUGUCAAACUGAUGAUCAAAGAUUCCUCAGAAGGUGAGGUCAAACCUCUAGAUUAUACACGUCUUAUGGCCAUGAAUAUCGUGUUAGCCACAUUGUUUGGUAUAUCGGGAGUUGCCAGUAUAGAUGACCCACUGUACAAGAAGUUGAUAGAUAAUCUAGAGGGAUGUACCAUGCAUACAGGUAUCACAUCUGAUGUUGGCGCUUAUUUUCCUUUCCUUUCAUUUGUGGAUUUUUUUUCUGGAAGUAAACAAAGGAUGAGACGUUUUGUGGAUCAAACUGUUCGUCCACUUUGUGGAAUGCUUAUUAACCGCGCCCGUGAAAGUGAACAAGAUUGUUUUAUAAAGAAGCUGGACAAGAUCAAAGAAUCUUUGAACUUGGAUGAACAAAGUAUUACUGUUCUUGCCAAUGAACUGAUGGUUGCAGGCAUUGACACUUCAUCUCUAACUAUAGCUUGGCUUAUUGCUGUCCUUUGUAAUCAUCCUGAAUGGCAAAAGAAGAUAGCGGAAGAAGUUGAUUUAUUUAUUGAAACACAUGGUCGAACACCUGAAUUCUCUGAACGAGAAGCGCUUCCUAGCUGCAUGGCCGUUAUCAAAGAAGUAGUCCGAUAUCGCCCUGUGACAUUUUUUGGCCUUUCCCACAAAGUCAGCGAAGAUGUUGUUUACAAGGAUUACAUCAUUCCAAAGGGUACCGUCUUGCUUGCAAACAAUCUUUCGAUGAAUAUGGACCCUAAGCUCUACCAUGAGCCUGAAAAAUUCAAACCUGAGCGAUUCCUGAAUGAUAAUCGAUCAAUGUAUGCGUCAAGUAAUGGCAGUACUCAGACCAGAGAAGUGUUUACAUUUGGAUGGGGAAGACGCAUUUGUCCUGGUAUUUACUUGGCUGAAAACGAAAUAUUUAGCUUCUGUAUCCAUUUAUUAGCCAAGUGCACCAUUGAGCCUGCACUUACAAAGUCAGGAGAAAAAGUCUACCCAGAGCUCGACAAAUGGGUCGAGGAGGAUGGAACCGUUGUUCCUUUACCAUUUAAGGCUCGUUUUGUGCAAAGAAAGUAA